CAAAGAAAUCACAAUUUCUGGCCAAAUGAGCCUUCUUUAUGAGGCAGCAUAUAGUGGGGAUGUAUCAACGCUGGAUUGAUUGAUACAACAACACAGACAUGUCUUGUACAACACUUCACAAACUGCCUUCGCAAAUACUCCUUUACACAUCUCAUCUUUGCAUGGUCACCUUGAUUUUACAAAGAAACUUCUCGCACACAAACCUACUCUAGCCCUUGAGGUGGAUUCCUCCCAAAGGACAGCUCUCCACUUGGCUUCUGCAGAGGGUCACUUCCACAUCGUGGAGGAACUUUUGAAAGCUAAUAACGAGUUGUGUUUGUUUCCCGAUGAAGAAGCCAGAAUUCCUCUGCACUAUGCUGCUAUGAGAGGAAGGAAAGAGGUUGUGCAAGAGUUGAUCAGGGCAAAGCCAGAGUCUCUGAAGUUUCGUCACCAAGGUAAAACUGUGGUUCACUUGUGUGUCAUGUACAACCAUCUGGAGACUCUCAAAGCUUUGGUGGAAUUGGAGUCUACCAUUACUGGCCAGCUUCUCAACUUCACAAGCUAUCAUGAUGCUGGAAACACCCUUCUUAGUUUUGCUAUCAGGUUGGAGCGAGUUGAGGUGGUAAACUAUCUGCUGUCAAUUCCACAAAUAAGAGAAAUAGCAGACUUGAGGAGAGAGAUAGAGUUUACAGUCCAUGAUACCCUGGAACGUAGUCCAAAUGACUUCAAAAUCUGCAAAAUACAACACAUGUUAAUAAAGGCCGAAAACGAAGGAUUCCAAGCUGAUAAUCCACAGUCACACCCACCACCACCAUCACUACCAUCUAUGAAUAUCUUCAAGCAUAUUCCGAAUGGUUUUAGAAAUUGGUUGAUGGGUGAGGGUGAUGAUUGGCUUAAAGAGAUGAGGGGGAAUCUGAGCCUGGUGUCUACCGUGAUAGCAACUAUAACCUUUCAAGCUUUGAUUAACCCACCUGGUGGUUUUAUUCAGCAAGGCUUGUUAUCUGGAGAAAAUACUACCUCAUCAAAUGGAGUCCUCAAUUGCACCGUCCUUUCUGGCAAUCAAACGUAUUGUCCCGGACAAGCAAUCUCAUCCUUUCCGGACCACAAGGACUUUGAGCAGCAUGUGUAUCACCCUCUCUUCCCUUGCACUUGCAUUCAUUACUGCCAUCAAUAUUAUAGUCCCGUCUCAUAUUAUGGAGAAGAAAUCAAUUUCAACCAUGACGAAUGUAGCGUUUCUUAAGGUCUGGGCUGGAUUGCUUGAGCUAAUACGAGUGGUAAUCACACUUCGUUUUUCCCUUUGGAUGGGCAAAAAAUGUUUCAUGGUAAUCGAAAAGUCAACAAGUUGGGCAAGGGAAAAUGGACGUGGCGGAUUUCUCUCUGUGCUUUUCAUGAUUGUUGGUUGUUUUUUUACGUUAGGGAUUAUUUGUG